GGCUGCUGCGAGGUGGAGCUUCUUCUCAGGCGGACUCAUCCAAGUCAGCAGCCGGCCAGCAGCGCUCAGCAGCGGCAGUCAGGAGGCAGUCGGGACGUGAGGAGUGAAGGAGGAACAAUACUGGGAUUGUUACUCUCUAGGAUUCUUUUUGGAGACCAUGAGCACCAAGAUGAAGUGUAUGUUCUUCAUGUGGCUUUUUGCCGCUGCUGUCAUCGCCAAGUCUCCCAGACUCAAAUUUGUGGUGCACGAACCUUCCCGAUUCCACUUUGACAAGCCUGAGAACUAUAUCAGCAUGUACCACCAGGAGGGGACCAACACGCUGUACGUGGGCGGCCAGGCAAUGAUCUAUGUGCUCAACUUCAACAACAGAGGCGUACACGACCUGCAGAUCCCAGCACCCUCAGACCAGACCGCUAUUGACACCUGCAAGGCCAAGGCGGCACCACUUGAGCUGGAGUGUGAUAAUUUCAUCACAGUCCUUGAGAAAGUCAAUGACACCUUCAUCGUGUGUGGAACAAAUGCUGGGAGUCCUCGCUGCUGGAUGCUGGUUAACGACACAGUGCUGACUGACGUUCAGGGGGUUGGACAGAUAGCGUCGCCCUCCGACAUCUCCCCACCUUACCCCUCGCAGCGGUCCAUCAGCUUGCCCGCAGAUGGAAGUCUGUACUCCGCCAUGUCAUCAGUGGGAGGUCACGCCGGCUCUAUCCGCCGUACGUUUGGAUCCCAGAAGCUCCUGAAGACAGAGAACAUUUGGCUGCUGAAUCCGCAGUUUGCUGGCGCCGCCAUCAUCCCAUCUUCCCUUAAGUACAAGGAGGAGAUCUACUUCUUCUUCAGUGAGUUCAACAAGACGGCCCGAGUGGACGAAGAGCCAUACAGGGCACGCAUCGGCCGCAUCUGCACGGUGGAUGAGGGUGGGAUCAAGGCCCUGCUGGCAGAUUCGUGGACCACCUUCAUGAAGGCACGGGUCAUGUGUGGUGCCGGAAACACUCAGCAGCAGUACAACAACAUGAAGCAGGCGGUGGUUCUGACCGCUCAGGACAAGCGGGCCGGUGUCAUGUACGGCCUGUUUUCCAACGCAUGGGGCAGAACCGUGAUUUGUGCCUACUCCAUAGAAGACAUUGACCAGGCCUUCUCCACAUCCAAACUGAAGGGCUACAGCAGUUCGUUUAUCGGCAGUCGCCCUGGGAUGUGUGGGCGGAAAAAUUCCACGGCAGGAGGUCACAACGACAUAAAAAACCUGGGCGUGAUCCGAUACCACCCAGAAAUUGAGGACGUGAUCCGGCCCGUAGGCGUUGCGCCGCUUGACCUGCCAACAGAUGACCAAAUCACGCACACCGUGGCAGACAUCGUCCUCGCCGUCAACGAUGAGCACUACAGCGUCCUUUACCUCGGAACAGAACAAGGAAAAGUCCUCAAAGUUCUUCACAGCAGCGAGGGGGUCUUCAUCAUCUCUCAGUACGCAAUGUUUCGUAACGAGGGACCUGUCCUCAACAUGGCCAUUGACCCCCAAAAGGGACACUUGUACGUUGCCACGGCGAUGGAGGUCCAGCGACUGCCACUGGCUGACUGCGGUCGCUAUGGAAACACAUGCAGAGAGUGCAUCCUCUCCAGAGACCCAUAUUGUGGGUGGGACAAGACCAGGAGGAGGUGCAUGGCCAUCCCACCGGGAUACAACGUCACAUCUGGGACACUCAUUCAGAAUCUGGACCAAUCCAACUCGUCGGUUUGUGGGGAAGCUGCUGCCCUGAAGCAGCGCCGCACCUCCCCCAGAGAAGUGGUGGUGCAGUCCAACACCUCCGUCUUCCUGCCGUGUCCCGUGCGCUCCUUCCUCGCCACGUACCGCUGGGAGAAGGACAACUGUGUCAGGAACUACCCCUGCCUCUUCUCCGGUGACUUCUGCGUACUGGGACCAGUGGUGGACACGCCCCUAAAGGAGGGCAUCUUCCGCUGCAUGGCCACUGAGGAUGGAUUCAAGGUGGAAGUCAUCUCCUUCAAGCUCGUGAACCACGGCGGGCUCCUAGCCGCCUCCCUUGCCUCCACCUUGGGUCUGUCACUCCUGCUUGCCAUGGCCACUCUUUGGCUUCAUUAACUGCAGCUAAUGCUAAGGUUAACCACUUACCCUUAAUGACAGGAAAUAGGCUAGAGGUUUGGUUCACAGAGAAUUCUUAGAAAAGUCUUAAAGUCAGCAAAAUAACUAAAUCAGUGUCAAACAAAGUAAAAUUCCCUUGAAUUUGGCUCUAAGAGCUUUAAUCUGCAGUACAAUGCAUGAGGAUCUUUGUGAACCUUCCCUCUCUAACUAAAAGCUAAGCAUAUCCUAAGGGUUGGGCAAAAAAAACCCCACCAAUACCAGGCCGAUUCUUUAUGACCAUUUCUUUAACUAUUUUGACUAGAUUGUGCUUCUUUGUGGAUAUGUCAGGCUUUAAUACUGCUCUUACAUCACUCCAUCUCAUUAGUCGUUUGAAAAAACACGUCUGGUAUUGAGAUUUUCAAAGCCUUAACACUUCUGGGACAUCAACUCCUAAGCACAAGUUUGCAAUCCAUGCAGAAUAUUGCGCAUUCAGUUGGACUUGACGCUAACAUUAGCGCAGUGGGGUUGGGCAACAUCGCUAGGAGGAAGUGAGAAUUUUGACAGCAAGUAGGAGAAUGAGCCAGAGCUCAUUCCUGACCAUCACUGUGUCUCAGCACGUCCUCCUCAGACAAGGCAGUUUCCUGCAUCUCUUUAACAUCAGACAUUACACCUUGUUCACAGCUUUAGCUUUCUACAUGCCGUCACCAUCUGUCCUCCUUCUAAAGGUCAAACACGUCAACUGCAGCACCUUUAGAAAGUUAGCUGGACCAGAAAGCAGCAAAUUAAGACUGCCCUUUUAUCGACCUUGCUUAGAAUCUUUGGUAAAUGUCAGUUUGGGUCAGCACUGAGGCAAGAAAACCUGGUGUGGACCAAGCGCCAUAACCAUGCUGUUAUAACUAUUCUGCUUUAUACUAGUAGAACGUCAGAGAACACAAAGAAAAUAGCGUCCAACGCUGUGUAAGGUUGUGAACAAGGUGUCUCAUUAGCAAUUUCAGCCAAACCACACAGACAUUACCGCACGGGCAGACAAAACAGUUACAUUUCAUUUUUUGCCAGGAGAGAAAAAGGCUUGUACUUAGAUUUGUGAUGUUCUGUAUUCAAUUGCUGCCAGUGCUGAUUUCUACCAUUGCUGCCUCUCUAUGUGACGAUUUGUCUUGAUGGUUUGGAUUUUUAACGCCAUAGCUAGAAUGUGAUAUGUACCCAUGUUUUCUAACCAAGUCUCAAAGCUGUGAUACAAACUAACUUUUCAGAUCACGUUCAACAGUAUUAACAACCGGCUGUCUCCCUUAUUUUAUAUUUAGGUUCAAACUUAAACAUAAUCUAUUCUGCAUAUUCAUGAGAACAUGCGUUGACCCGUGUAGCUGAUUAGCAUGUUCUCCAGAGCUCCGACAUGAUCAUUCAGUAUCAUGACAUAAAUCUGGAAGUGUCAGGACGUCCACUGUGGCCCACAUAUCAUUAAUAGCUAAUUAGGAGCCAGCUCAUUGUGCUCCUAUUAGAUUUUACGAGCAGUGAGGAUCUAAACGGCCAGUGUUGCUGGUUGCAGAUCUGCUUGCUUUCUGCACGGCGACAACACAGACGACUGGAUACAAAUAACAUGAAAAAACAAAAACAAAGCUGAGCCAACAUCUUCCUUCCUUGCCUACAAUGCAUGCACACUACAGCAGCCAAUAAACCAUCAUAGUGACCGCCAUCUUGCCACCUGUGUCAACACUGGGGCUUGCCGCCUUCCUGCCUGUCAACUAACUUCAUGUAGACGGUAGACUUUUUGAUAAAACCUCCUUUAUAGCUACAGAGCAUCACAGCUCAGUUCCAGCAUUUUCCAACCAGGAAGUACAGUCAAGUCAUGACCUGCAUGUUAUUUAAAUACAAACAUCGCCGAUACAAACAUCAGGUUAGGUGAACAAGAUUUUUCACACCAAGCGGCCUGCGUCACAACUAUGGCAGGCGUAGUUCUGACUGCAAAAUAGCAUCCUCUGUCUUCUUUUCAUCAGCCUAAAGUGGGUCUUCAAGCGGCCGCCUUAUCGGGAAUCCAAUCGUUCACUGUCAGACCGCCAUCUUUGUUCACAGCAAGCAGGCGUGUUGUCUUCAGGAAAACGUUAAGGCGGACGACGCCCCACACUGUUGUGUCGUUCUGAGGUCUUGAGUGCUGUACAUGAUGUGUGCCUGCCAUUGUGUCCUGAUAACUGUCAUUUUAAAAGUCAUAAGUCAAACUCUAUUAUACCCAUAAUAUAUUAAUAAUGUUAUUAUUUUUGAAGGUCAUAUAUCUGGUGCAAUAGAUAUUCAUGUAACACAUCCUUGACAUGUGUUAACCACAUGUGCAGUGGAAACCAAUAAAAAAGGACAAAAAGACCUAC